GCACUUUGUCCCGUUCCAGGGCCACGUGGCAUGCUGCUUUGCUGCGGCGUCGGGUGAGGAAUUUUGUCAUUUAUAAGAAGCGAACGAGUUUUUUUUUUUUACUGCACGGACCCAGACGGACAGCGAUGACGGCGGUAAGCACGUGGUUGGGGCCUGCUGGGUUGGAAGCAGGGACGAUCAGGGGUUUAUUAUUGAGGCCCCAUGCCGUUUACGGAGAUGGGUCUGGGUCGAUGGAAGCUGGAUCGGCUUACAAUGUUCGCCUCAAGACCAACAGGUCGGAUGGUGAUUGCGGCGGAGGAAGGCUGCGGUCGUCGGACCCAAUCCCAAUGCGCACGUGUGUCAUCUCCAGGCAAGGGGGGGCUUUACCUGACGAAUGGGCGAGGAUGGUGAUGCCGGCGAAGGGGUCUCGGUGUCGCCAGCCGGUGGCAGCAGCGUUGGCACAAGAGGAGGGGGGGGGGAAAGGACGUUAUCGUUGUGCAAGGUUGGGUAGUACAACCGUACCGGUAGUGGACACCUCGUAUUUUGAAAAUCCGGUGGGCAAAAGCUUGUCGCCUGAUCUGGUCUCUCAGUGCGGCACGCGUGGUGCUCGCCACCGUGCCGUCAUUUGCAUGUGCGACAACGCUGUUUCGGUGGAUGAGGCCGAUGUGGACAUUCUUGCCAGGUCGCAAACGGCGGACGGAAGUCAAAUUGAUCGAGAGGGGUCUAUUGUUGGCAAGAAGGGUGUAGGCGAUGCUGACAGAGGCAGUGAUGAGGAUGAGGCCACUACUGUGGGAGGUGGAGAGGGAGGGGGAGGGACAGGGGGAGGAGAGCGCGGAGGAGGAUCGCCAUGGGGAGGUGGUGGCGGCGGAGGUCGCGGCGACCAUGAUUCCCCUGGUCGCGGAAGAGCGGACGGCGGCGGAGGAGAUGAUGAGUUCGGCCCUGUCCUCUCUGCCACGGAAGUGCGGAGCAUUGUCGCCGUUCAAGGCGUCGAUCUUCCUGACGACAUGGCCACAGCUGCGGUCCAGAGAGGCAUCCCUGCAGUCCUCCUCUCGCGCUACAUCGAUCUGCAGGGGCGUCCUUGGCCUCUGGGUCCAGCUGUUCGAUCAAGUGGCCUCCUUCGGGAGCGUAUGAUCGCGGAUCCCACCUUUCUUUUCAAAGUGCUCACAGAGAUUAGUAUUGACUCUGGCUGUGCGACGUUUGCCGAAGUAAACAAGCGCGGCACAGAGUUUUGGAACGAGUUUGAGUUCUAUUUAUCUGAUCUGUUUGUGGGGAUCGUUCUGGAUGUCGCCCUCGUGGGCAUGCUUGCCCCCAUUGUCACUUUCGGGGGGGCAGUCAAGCAUACUAAGGGAUUGCAGGGGACCCUCUCUCGGAUCUUGACCCAACUUCCCAACAGCGUGUUUGAAGCUGCCAGUCCUGGUCGCUCGUUUACGGUCAAUCAGAGGUUGGCCACCCUCUUUGUCAAGGGUGCACAGUACGGACUAGCAGGGUUCUUGUGCGGCCUUGUGGGACAGGGCAUGGCCAACAGCCUCAUGAGUUUCAAGAGGAGAUUGAACAAGGGGGGCAAUGAGGUUGCCGAUGUCCCCAUUCCACCUCUGCUGAAGACUGCAGCCUGCUGGGCACUCUUCAUGGGAGUGUCCUCCAAUUUGCGGUAUCAAAUGAUUAAUGGCAUGGAGCGGGUUGUGGAGGCCUCGGUGAUUGCUAAGCACGUGCCGCAAGUGGCAAUGGCUUUCACUGUAGGGAUUCGUUUCGCAAACAACAUCUAUGGGGGCAUGCAGUUUGUUGAUCUUGCACGAUGGGCAGGGAUUCAAUAGCAAUAACCCUGGGCUCGGCCCAUGUCCUCCUACCGCUGCGGCGCCCCUUACCCCGUCCUCUCCUUCCUUUUCAUCAGUUCUCUCUUUUCUUUUGUCUCCGAGAGACACAUGCACAAGCAUCAGAGAGACACGACAGGCAUCAGAGACACACGCACACGCACGCACACACACAAUUACAUGGUUUGUGAUGAUUUGUGUGCUUCCAAUGAGAGAGAGAGAAUUGGGGGAUCUUUGAAACACACACACACACACACACACACACACACACACACACACACACACACACACACACACACACACACACACACACACACACACAGAGGAGGGCAUUGUUUUACAACUCACAUACAGUCACAGACAGAGAGACUUGACGACACUGCAGUUCCUUUGCCAUAAAUGCUUUCCUGGUGAGAAGGAUUUUGUUCUCCAACGUAGCAUGUUUUCGUUCUGUUAUUUAUUUGCUCUAGUCUUAGACAAGAUGAGCCCGCCCCGGCCCGGCGGGCUUAGUAAAGGGUGGAUGUGGAGUUGUAUCAGAGGAGGUGAAGCCCUAGCGACUGUCAUCAUCGUCUACACCCUUCUUGCCGACAAUAGUCCCCUCCAGAUGUGGAGUUGUGAGGGGACAGUCGUUUGCAAACUGGUUAUGACGGCAGAAAGGAAUGGCAGAAAGGAGUUGUGGUCGGAUCGGCAGGCAGAAAGGAGUUGUGGAUGAAUCGACAGAUGUGUCAGUGGAGUCCAACAACGGACACACCUGUCGGUUGAUGCAAAGUUAUGGCGCCAAUGCGUGGUUUGCAAGGUAGUGGGUGUGUGAUGGGCCCUUGUCGUAUGGGGACAAUCAGCAGUGCAGGCUUGGGAGCCAUCCCUGUCGUCUGAAGUGUGGUUUUCGUGGUCGAUGACAGCACUUGUGUUCUGGAACCAGUGAUUGGCAUCUGUUGUUUAAAGGGAUGGAGACGAGAGAUUUAUUUGACCGACUGCAAGGAAGGAGGAGGGGUUUUGAACCAAUGUCAUCACGGAUUGGAAGAUGUGGAGGGGGUACGAUUGGGAUUGUUUGGCCCAAACAUUGGUAGAGAGAGGAGGGUUUGGAAAGAUUGCGACUUUCAAAUAUUAUUUGAACUCAAAGGUCCAAACAUACAGAUGAAGAUGGUGAAGUUGGUGGAAGGGUGGGCAUGAAAAUAAGCAGCAGGCCUCCCAGAAUAGAUGGGGCUCUUUGUUUGGGAUUAAAAAAAAAAAAAAAAAAAAAACAGCAUCAGGAAAGGACAAUGAAGAAAAGUGGAUAUU